GAUAUCAGAAAGAGUACAUCUAUUUAUAGUUAGACUAACCACAAGUCAGAAUCAUCACAUCAUCAAGCACCUCUCUCAAUCGCCUUUGAUCGGUUAACACAACCAAUUAAUGGUGGAAGGUGCAGUAGCUUUUCUUCUCAAUAAGCUUUCAAAUUUUACGGCAGAACAAAAGAACCUAUUAUGUGGGGUUCAUGGAGAUGCCAAGUUCAUCAAAGAUGGCUUGGAAUUCUCAUUAGCUUUCUUGAAAGAUGCAGAAGCAAUAAUGGAGGAAGAAAACAAUGGCGACAUAUUCAAAGUAUGGGUCAAGAAAGUAAGAGAUAUCGCUUAUGACAUGGAAGAUGUUCUUGAUAAUUUCAAUUUAUACCUCGCACAUAAUCAUGGACAUGGCUUAUGUGCUUGUGUAAAUAAAUCUUAUCACUUCAUUUUCUCAUUAAAAGCUCGUUAUCAAAUUGCCUCAACAAUGCAAGACAUAAAAAAGAGAGUAAGAGAGAUUAAUGAGACCCGUCAAGGUUUCAGCAUGGCUGGUUAUACAACAUCAUCAAGGCCAUCAAAUGCUAGAGCAGCGGCUAGCAGUUCCAUACAACAAGAUGCGCUUCCAGUUCCACUAGAAGAUUUUAAUCUCUUAGGCAUCAAAGAACAUAAAGGGAAGCUUAUUGGAUGGCUCGUUGCAAGCAAAUCUGGUCGUGAAGUAGUUUCAGUUGUUGGAAUGGAAGGUUUGGGAAAAACCACUUUGGCGAAACGAGUAUUCGGUGAUGCAAGAGUGAAAAAACAUUUCAAAUUUUGUGUAUGGAUCACUCUUACUCAACAUUUUAGUACCAGACGUCUCCUUAAAGAAAUUGUUCGACAACUCUUCCUCUUUUUGAGGAAGCCAAGUCCUUCUGGUGUUGAUGGCAUGACAGCUCAAGAGCUAAGGAUAUUAAUAAAUGAAUUCCUUGAACAAAGAAGAUACCUUAUUGUGUUAGAUGAUGUUUGGAGCCAUGAUGCUUGGGAUGCUUUUAAAUUUGCAUUUCCAAACAAUAAUCAAGGUAGCAGGAUAUUGCUUACAACACAGGACAAUGCAAUUGCUUACAAUUGUUGCAUGGAAUCUCCAGAUAAAGUCUACAAUUUGAGUUCAUUAUCUCCUGAAGAAUCUUGGAGUUUGUUUUGCAAGAAGACAUUUGGAAACGAUUCUUGUCCUCAAGAUUUGGAGAAUGUUUCACAACAAAUUGUUGGUAGAUGUGAAGGGUUGCCACUAGCAAUUGUUGCGAUUAGUGGGGUUCUAGCAAAGAGAGACAAAACUAGAGAUGAAUGGGAUAUGGUUUAUCGAAGCCUUGGUGCUGAAAUACUAGGCAAUGACAGUUUGGCAAGUAUGAGAAAAAUACUUUCUCUCAGUUACAAUUAUUUGCCUUACUAUCUCAAAUCUUGUUUGCUCUACUUCAGCAUUUUUCCUGAAGGAUAUCCAAUUGAGCAUAUGAGAUUAAUUCGAUUGUGGAUAGCUGAAGGAUUUGUAAUAGAAACAGAAGGAAAGACAUUAGAGGAAGUUGCAGAAGGCUACCUUGAUGAGCUUAUACGGAGAAGCUUAAUCCGAGUUGUAGAGACGACGAGCGAUGGAAGGAUUAAAAGAUGCCGUAUCCAAGGGUUUUUGCGUGAGAUUAUCAUUUCUAAAGCAAAAGAUCAAGAUUUCACAGCAAUAGUUAAACAAGAAAGCAUAAUGUGGCCUGAAAAGGCUCGACGUCUUUCCAUACACAACCCUAUGGCAAGGAUAGAAUCAAGUCAUUUUACUUCUCGGCUAUGUUCAUUGCUUUUGUUUUGGGGGCUUAGUUCUUUACCCGAAGAAUCUCCUUUGCUUAAUUUUUCUUGUACCCAUUUAAGAAUGCUUAAUGUGUUAGAUCUUGGAGGCACACCAAUGGAGGAAUUUCCAAACCAAGUUACUAAUCUCUUACUUCUAAAAUAUCUAAGUUUGAGAAAUACUAAGGUGAAUUCCAUCCCAAGCUCCAUAGGCAGGUUACAAAACCUUGAAACCCUGGAUCUGAAGAAUUCUCGAGUCACAGAAUUGCCUAUUACAGUUUUGAAGCUCCAAAAGCUUCGGCACUUGCUCGUGUAUCGCUUCGAAACCAAGUUUGAUGAUCAACUGCAAACAAACUAUACAAUUGGUUUCAAACUACCAACUAAUUGUUACCUAAGAAGUCUAAAGUCACUACAAAAGCUUUGUUAUUUAGAGGCAAAUGAUCAAGACAGUGAUCUCAUCAAAGAACUUGGAACAUUGGAUCAACUGAGAAGGUUAGGCAUUGUAAACUUAAGGAAAGAAGAUGGAAAGGAUUUGUGUUCUUCCAUUGAAAAGCUAACAAAUCUUCGCGCAUUAUCUGUUGCUUCAGUGACUGAAAAUGAAGUUAUUGAUUUGGAUUCGUUAUCUUCUCCUCCUCAAUUUCUUCAAAGACUUUACUUAACAGGACGAUUGGAGAGCCUACCAGAAUGGAUUACUUCACUAGAUAGUCUGAAAAAGGUGGUACUAAAAUGGAGUCGUUUGAACACCAAUCCUCUUCUAUCUCUACAACAUUUGCCCAAUCUUUUACAUGUUGAGUUCAUACAGGUUUAUGAUGGAGAAGCGUUGGUUUUUGAGGCUAAUGGGUUUAAGAAGAUGAAGUUCUUGAGUCUAAACAAAUUAGAUAGACUGAAUGAGAUAAUUAUUAGACAAGGAGCACUGCCCUGUCUUGAAAAGCUAAUUGUGCAAAGCUGUCAAGUUUUGCGGACACUUCCAUCAGGAAUUGAGCAUCUUAUGAAGCUACAGGUACUCGAAUUUGUGAACAUGCCAAUAGAACUAAUAAUGACUCUACAUCCUGACAGAAAUCUUGGAGAUUAUACAAAGGUUGCUCGUAUACCAGAAGUCUAUUUCUUUACAUAUUGGAAUAAUGGUAGUUGGGAAGUUUUCUCUUUGGAGAAAUUCAUACAGGAUAGACACUUUUCUCGGCUUGCAAAUUCUAUUGCAAGAACUGAACCAUACUUUCGCAAGUUGAAGAUGACUUGGGUUGGGAGUGGUCAUAGUUUUCCUAUAGCACUUUGUGUGGUGGCCAUAAUAAUAAUGAUGGUUUGGUGGCAAGAACUGUAUAGCUUAUUAGGCCUAAUGUAUUUUCUUUAACCCUUAAUUUACUGAAGGUAAAAUCUGUAGUUUACUAUCUCAUAAUACUUAUACAGUCCAAUAUAAGUAAAAGUAAUGCAUUAAGCAGCAAACAAUCAAGGAUCAUUGACAAUAAAGUACAGGCAAUAUUUCACAUAAUCAAGUUAUCAGAUAAAAAUGCAAAGAAGAAAUACUUAUUGUGCACCAGCUUCUAAAUUCCAUGCAGAUUAAAACUUAAGUUGAACUAGCAGACCUUCAAAG